AUGGCUAAUCGUAGAAAUAUCGAAACAUCUAAACCAUACACCUCUAUUGAUAGUUUCAAUGAGAUUUGUGAAGCCUCAGACAAUUUCAUUGAUGCUGCCAAUAUAGAGUUAUGCUCUAGAAAAUCCGGUGACGAUCGACUCAUUAGUGCAUUUCAGUGGCAUCACAAGUCUAGACAAAAUUAUGCAAUUUUAAUUAAAUUUUUUAGAAAAUAUAGCUUCUCAGUUCCUCAAAAACAUAGAAUCUUAACGUUAUUACAUCAUAUAAAUUACUUGAAAUGCCACUUUGAUUCGCUAAUGAAGCACGGUGCAGGACUUAAUCAAACAAAUGAAAAAAUUAAAUGGGCUCUAACUGAUUCGGCUUUUAAUAAUCGACUACAAACCGGUACAGUCAUUAAUUUAAGUCACUUAGAUGUUAAUGAAUUUUUAGAUGAUGCCUUUGUUCCUUUUGAAAAUCAUAUUAGAACUUGCUUAGACACGUUCGGUCCGUUGAAAGUAUAUACAGUAUUCAAUGCAAAAUAUAAAAAGCUUUUACCUGACGGUACUACAGAAUUCGAUAUAAAAUAUUUCAUUAAUAAGUCAGAGACAAUUUUCCCUUCAACUGAGUUACGCGAUUGGUAUAAUGAUUAUGUAAAACAGAAAACACUUAAAGAAAUUGAAGAUUUUCAAGAUAAAGAAUCAAAUUGGCAACUCUAUUCAAUCCAUAGAUUAGAUGUCAAUAUUAACAAAUACAAUCCUUUGCGUGUUGGUUCUUUCAUUGAUCUACCGCCAUCUAUUAAAGCUAAACGUGCUUGUGUCAAUGUCAGAAAUGAAGAGGAUAAUGAAUGCUUCAAGUGGGCAAUAUUAUCGGCAUUGUAUCAAGCUUCGUCAAAUCCAUCUCGUUUGCAAAACUAUGAAAAUAUUCAACAUCAGUUAAAUUUUACAAAUAUUAAAUUCCCCGUAGCACUCAAUGACGUUGCAAGAUUUGAAGUGCUUAACAAUAUUUCAGUAAAUGUUUACUGUCUUGUUAAACGAAAGGGGAAAUUUACCGUCUCGCCAAUACACCUAACCUCGCAGAAACAAUCCAAACAUGUUAAUCUUCUACGUGUUGAUGAUCGCUAUAUUGAUGAGGACGAUGAUAAAGAAGAUUCCGCAAUUUCCAACAAAUUCCACUAUGUUUGGAUAAAAUCUCUAUCACGUCUUAUAAAUAACCAAGUGUCGACAGAUGGACAUGCGUUAUUUAUUUGCGAUCGUUGUCUUCACUACUUCAGAAGCAACGAUAAACUUACCGAGCACGUUGAGGAUUGCCAAAAAAUGAAUAACACCAAAAUCAUCUUACCUAAACCAGGAUCUAGUAGUAUUCAAUUCAAGAACUUUAGUAAUAAAGAAAAAGUACCAUUCAUCAUAUAUGCAGAUUGCGAGAGUCUACUAGUUCCAGGGGAGAAUUCUUCAUCUAUGGGAUGUCACACAGAAGUAGUUCAACAACAUCAACUUCUCAGCAUUGGAUUCUAUUUAAAGAGUUAUGAUGACUCUUUAAAUGAAUACCGGGCAUCACCCAGGAAUGAAGAAGAUCCGGCGAGAUGGUUUGCAAAAGAGUUGAAAAAGUUGGCGGAAGAAAUUGAACCUACAUUUAUGGUAAAUAUUCCAAUGGAUACUCUAAAUGCAGAUCAAAAAGCCUCAUUUAAAGUAGCUAAUAUUUGCCAUAUUUGUAUGAAAACUAUCAAGCAUGGAGAAGUAAAAGUUAGAGAUCAUUGCCAUCUGACUGGGGUGUAUCGAGGUGCAGCCCAUCAAGAUUGUAAUGUCAAUUAUCAAGAUUCUCGAAUAGUUCCUGUAGUCUUUCAUAAUUUAAGUGGUUAUGAUGCACAUUUUAUUAUUAAAGCAAUCGCGAAUGAGUUUGAAGGUAAAGUUGACGUUCUUCCCAUUAAUAAGGAAAAAUAUAUUAGUUUUACAAAACAUGUUGAAGCAAGUCUCAUUAAAUUUAGAUUCAUUGAUUCAUUUAGAUUUAUGGCAUCAUCUUUAGACAAAUUAGCAUCAUAUUUAAAUGAAUAUAAAAUUGUUAAAUCAAACUUUUCAGCUUAUAGUGAUAAUAAAGUUAAUUUGUUAACCCGAAAAGGAGUUUUUCCUUACGAGUAUCUCGACUCUAAGGAAAAACUCGAAGAAACUCAGUUACCCCAAAAAGAACGCUUUUAUAGUACAUUGAAUGAUUCAAAUAUAUCAGAUCAAGAAUAUUCACAUGCUCAGCAAGUAUGGUCAGAAUUUAAUUGUAAAAGUCUUAGUGAUUAUGUUUAUUUAUAUAUGAAAACUGACAUCUUGCUGCUUGCUGAUGUAUUUGAAAAUUGCCGUGAACAAUGCUUAAAAGCAUACGGGUUAGAUCCUGCACACUAUUACACGACACCGGGUUUUACUUGGGAUGCUAUGUUAAAAUAUACAAAUGUAAAACUAGAACUGCUCACUGACAUUGAUAUGAUAAUGUUUAUUGAACGUGGUAUAAGAGGGGGCAUAAGUCAAUGUACAAAUCGUUAUGCCAAAGCAAAUAAUCAAUAUAUGAAAGAGCACAAUGUCAAUGAGGAGACUUCUUACAUUGUAUAUUUAGACGCUAAUAAUCUAUAUGGUUGGGCCAUGGUACAGUCUCUUCCCUAUGGUGAUUUCAAGUGGGUUUCAAAAUUUGACAAUAGCUUUAAUUUUAACGUUGCAGAUGAUGCAACUAUAGGUUAUAUUUUGGAAGUUGAUUUAGAUUAUCCUACAGAACUACAUAAUAUGCAUAAUGAUUUCCCAUUUUGUCCUGAACACUUGAAACCACCAGGGUCAAAGCAAGAAAAGCUUCUAACUACUCUCCAACCGAAACGAAAAUACAUUCUCCAUUAUCGUGCACUUAAACAAGCAUUAGCCAAUGGGCUUAAGUUGAUUCACAUCCACCGCAUUUUACAAUUUAAACAGUCAACUUGGCUUAAAGAUUAUGUCGAUUUCAAUACUAGUCAACGAACAAAGGCUAGUAAUGAAUUCGAGAAAAACUUGUUUAAAUUAAUGAACAAUGCGGUGUAUGGUAAGACAAUGGAGAAUGUACGUAAUCACGUAAACGUGAAACUCGUGACAAAGUGGGAGGGUAGGUAUGGGGCAGAAGCAUUAAUUGCUAAACCUAACUUCCACACGCGAGCUAUCUUUAGCGAAAAUUUGAUAGCUGUGGAACUUAGGAAGACUGAGGUGUACAUGAAUAAGCCGAUUUAUAUAGGUCUUAGCGUGUUAGACAUCUCAAAAACCCUUAUGUACGAUUUUCAUUAUGAUUAUAUGAGGAAAAAGUAUGGAAACAACUGUAAACUGCUUUAUACUGACACUGACAGCCUUAUUUAUAAUAUCAAAUGUGAGGAUGUCUAUUCUGAUAUGAAAGCAGACAUUUUCAAAUUUGAUACUUCUGAUUAUCCCAUGAAUAAUAUAUAUGGCAUUCCGCAAGCCAACAAAAAAGUGUUAGGUCUUAUGAAGGACGAAUGCAAUGGGAGGAUUGUCACUGAAUUUGUUGGUUUGCGUAGUAAAAUGUAUAGUUUACGUGUGGAUAAUCAAGAUUUCUUAAAAAAGGCAAAAGGUGUAAAGUCUAAUGUAGUUAAGAAACAUAUAACUUUUAAUGAUUACAUUUAUUGUUUAAAAAAUAUUAAAAUCCAAUCUCGAACUCAAUAUUCCAUUCGCUCCAAACUCCACAAGGUCCUUACUUUAAAACAGAAAAAAAUAGCCCUAAGUCCCUAUGAUGACAAAAGAUUUUUAUUGAAACACAACACUGACACUCUUGCAUGGGGUCAUUAUAUUAUAGAAAGAGAUAAAGCCAUAGAAAACGAUGUAGAAAUGAUAGAAUUAUAA